AUGUCGGGCUACGCGCGCCGCCCUGGCGCGCCCCCGCUGUCCCGGACUCGGAGCCUCGUCGUUCCCGACGCUCCUGCGUUCUAUGAGCGCCGGUCUUGCCUCCCCCAGCUAGACUGUGAGCGCUCCCGUGGCGGGGCCCUGCACCCCCACCUCCUCGGCUUUCGGCCGACGUUUAUGUGCUAUGUGCCCAGCCCGGUGCUGGCUUCGGUGGGAGACACAGAUUUUGGCUAUGGAAAGGGAAAAUGUACAAAGCAAAGUCCAUCAGGAGCCCACGAAACACGUUUUGGAGAUGACAAACCGGAAGACCUUGAAGAGGCUAAUCCAUUCUCCUUUAAAGAGUUUCUAAAAACCAAGAACCUUAGCCUGUCGAAAGAAGACACGUCAACCAACAGUAGGACUUAUCCGAAGGAAGCAUCAAGGCACCCAUUGGGACUAGACCACAGUUCUCCAACCUCUCAGACCAUGGGAUAUGGCCUGGAUUAUCAGCAGCCAUUUUUUGAAGACCCAACAGGAGCCGGUGACCUGGAAGAGGAGGAAGAGGAGGAUGGGUGGGAUGGAGCCUACAUGCCGUCUACCGUGGAACAGACUCACUCCUCCAGGGUCACAGGCAGCACGUCACCCUGUGGCACAUACCUUUCCUUUUUCUCCAACACAUCGGAGCUUGCAGGACCCGAGUCUUUGCCCCCAUGGACCAUUAGUGACACCGACUCGCAUGUUUCCCCGGCAUCUCCAGCCGGGAGUCCAGGUGCAGACUUUGCAGCACACGGAGAAUCCUCGGGAGACCGACACCUGCGGACGCUGCAGAUAAGUUACGAAGCACUAAAAGACGAAAAUUCUAAACUAAGAAGAAAGCUGAAUGAGGUUCAGAGCUUCUCUGAAACUCAAACAGAAAUGGUGAGGACACUGGAGCGGAAGUUGGAAGCAAAGAUGAUCAAGGAGGAGAGUGACUUCCAUGACCUGGAGUCGGUGGUCCAGCAAGUCGAGCAGAACCUCGAACUAAUGACUAAACGGGCUAUAAAGGCAGAAAAUCAUGUGGUAAAGCUGAAACAGGAAGUAAGCUUGCUCCAGGCACAGGUCUCCAGCUUCAAGAGGGAAAAUGAAGCCUUGCGUGCGGGCCAGGGCACCAGCCUUACAGUGGUGAAACAGAACACGGAAGUGGCCUUGCAGAACCUCCGCAUUGUCAUGAACAAUGCACACUCAUCCAUAAAGCAGCUGGUGUCUGGAGCAGAAACACUGAAUCUUGUUGCUGAAAUCCUGAAAUCUAUCGACAGAAUUUCCGAAGUUAACGAGGAGGAGAAGUCUUGAGAACCGCUUGUUGCUACCAGCUCCUACCCUUGCGCCACGUCAUCUGAGUGGGCACCCAUAACUAUGCAGCCUUAGCCAAAGCAUUUAUCAUGAGACCCUGAAAUCAUGACCUGUAGCAGUGUCAAUGGCUCCUUUCCAUGAGCCACACCUCUGUUUUACAUGCAGUCUGUGGUGAAAUCCCACCAUUUAUAGAUUCACUGAUCUACUGAAAGACAUUUUUAUAAAAGCCAGCAAUUUUUAACAGUUACCAAACCUGGAAACACUUUGUAAUGAGCAUUUUCCAUCAUUCUCUCAGAUGUUCGCUGGAGGAUAAGCUCAUGGCUCACCCUCAAUGUCCUAGAACACUAAGCAAGUUGGCACGGACGUGAACGGUCUGGACAGGGACUCACUUGUGCCUUUGUGCAGUCAGUCGGCGCCCGGCUAGCUGACAGCUCCCACGGCAGCGUGCACAGGGUGGCUGCUGCAGACGGCAGCCCCAGUGCGGAGGCUCUGCUGGGUGGAUGCUGCUGUCCUCCCUCCGGGACCAUGGUGACCUACGUAGACAUUCCACAUCGCAGCGCUGUCCAAACUCACCGUUGUGAGCUUUCUUCUUUGGAAAGCCAACUGGGGAGGGGAGUUUGAUGAAUAUGUCAAGGGAUAUUUUCUUCACACUGCAGGAAUUUAAAGGAUACACCCACGUGGAACCGACGCCAUGUCUCUGGGCUGCCGAACCACUCUGCUAUGGGACGAUACAACCAGUGCUUUGUGCUGAUUUGGGGUGCUGGGGGGGCAUCUUCCUGUGGAUUUUAAAAUUUUUUCCUUUUCCCCUCCUGUUCAGAUUGAUAACUUUGCUGUUUAAAUAAAUCCCAAAGUUCUUAAGUGCUA